AUGAUGAACGAUUAUACAUUUUUACAUAAUUUACCAGAUGUUCCAAUACCAUAUAUUAAUCCAGUUGUAACUGGUGAUUCAUGGAAAUUAAAAGAAUUACAAAAUAAAAAAUAUAGUUCAAUGAUUACUAGAGUUGAAUCAAAUCCAAUUAAUUCAAAAGAAGUUUGUGUAACAUUUGGAAAUUGUGUUAGAAUUAUUACAAGUAAUUCAAAGAAAGUUGAAGAGAGAGAGAUUACAUCAUUUAGGGAUACACCAUAUGGAGCAAGUUAUAGGGAUGAUGGUAAAUUGAUAGUUGUUGGAGGUGAAGAUCCAAUUAUAAAGUUAAUUGAUGUUUCAAGUAAAAAUACAUUAAGAAAAUUCCAAGGACAUACAGGUGGAAUUCAAUGCACUCGUUUCAUUGAGAAGGGUAGUUUAAUAUCAGGCUCCAACGAUAACACUGUCAGAACAUGGGCUAUUGAGACGGGCGAGCAGUUACAAAUGGUGGGUAAACAUAAAGAUAAAGUACACUGCAUGACCAGACACCCCACCAACGGCGACAACAUUUGGAUGACCGGCGGCUACGACCACUGCGUCAAGCUAUGGGAUAUCAGAGGAAACAAAACCCAAUCAUCCACCAUCACACUCGACCACGGCGCACCAGUGGAGGAUUUAAUCAUGUUGGGCGCAUCUGGCACCAUGGCAAUCUCAGUGGGUGGUAAUUAUUUCAAAGUGUGGGAUUUACUCAAUGGUAGCACUGGUAAACAAGUCUAUCAAGGCACUCAUUCAAUGAAAUCAUUAACUUCAAUUCAUUUAUCAAAUUCAAAAGAUCGUUUCAUUACAUCAGGUUUAGAUCAUACCGUUAGAGUUUUCAGUACACAAUCUUAUUCCCUAAUUAAUAGUUAUGAAUUCUCUGAACCACUUCUCUCUCUAACCCUUAUAAAUGAUCGUAAAAUUAUUGCUGGUUCAGCUAAAGGUACUCUUUUCUAUGCUCGUAAAACUAAUCCUAUAACAAUUUCAAAAGCAAAAUUAUCAAAUUCUGAUUUAAAAAAUAAUAAUAUCGAUCCUGUAAUUCAAUUAAAAUUAAAAAAAUCACAACAACAUAAUCAAACUUUAGUAAUUGAUGAUACAUUAGGAAUUUAUAAAUCAAGUCAUUUAGAUAGAUUAUUACGUAAAUUUGAACAUAAAACAGCUUUUGAUACUGCAGUUUUACUUAAUAAAAAUAUUGAUUUUAUAUUUAAAGUAGUUUGUGAAUUAUCAAGAAGAGAUGCAUUAGAUAUUGUUUUAAAGAAUAGAGAAGUUUCAGAAUUAGAUUCAAUUUUACAAAUGGUUAAUAAAUUAGUAAAUACAAUAAAGUAUCAACAAUGUGGUAUUUUAUUAUUAGAAAAGAUUGUAGAAUUUUAUCAUCCAUCAAUUUUCCAAGAAAAUAAAUCAAUUAUUUCAACAAUGAAUUCAAUUAAAAUUAAUUUAAUUAAAGAACAAAAGAAACAAUCUCAACUUUUAGAAUUAUCUGGUGCUUUAGAUUUACUUUAUUCAAAUUCAACAAAUUCAAAUAUUCCAAAAACAAUUCAAAAAAGAAAAUUUGAAGAAGAUGAACAAGAACAAGAAAAUUAA